UGGUAUGCGAAUACCAAUAAAAAGUGUAUGGAAAUAUAUCCAUUAUAAAAAUGAUAUAAUUAAUAUACUACUUUUCUAAAAAGAAAAUUAUGCAAUUUAAAAAAAAAAAAAUAGAGGAAGUAUAUAUUUAAUACCCCUCUAGCAUGAAGCACACUCAAGGGUAUAAUAAACGAGAUGAAAUGAAAAUUAUUUUUGAGGUACGGUAUUAAUUUUGUCAUUGAUCAUUGAUUCUUUGUAAAUAAAGACAACAUGCACACAAUUAUUGCUCAUUGGAACAUACACUUAUAAUAAAUAAAAGAAUAAUUGCAUAAUUAGCGUCACUCUGUCCACACCAUAAUAUGAUUGCCAUUAAAAAAUUAAGAGAACAAAUGUUUAACCAAGAGAAUAUACCAGCACAAAAACCACCUAUUAUUCUAGCUCUUUGUCUAAACCUUUUAUUUUGCAAAAUCUAUCUUAUUUAUAAGCCUUCCUAAUUAUCCCAUUUUUCAUACCACUUCUUUCAAAUUUCUUUCCAUCAAUAAUAUUCUUCUCCUUCAAUUACAUAUCAAAGUCAUCUUAUAAAUUAAAAAUAAAAUCAAAAACAAUUUGAAUGGUACACACAGUUAGCAACUUAGCUUCUUUCAUGCCUUCUCUACAUUUCAACAUCCCAUCUAUUGCACGUCCUAUGAAACAAGCGCAGCCCGGUCGCGCUUCCUUCAUAUUACUCCUCUCUUCUUCUUUCAGCUCUUGUAAGCAAGCUUGGUACUAUCGCUGCCUUGGCCUUGACCCUUAGACAAUUUUUUUGAAAUAAAGUCCAUAAUUUUAUCGUCCUUCCUUUUGCCUUGUUAUAAGGGUUAAUUACAAGUUAGGUGCUAUAGUAUAUACCAUUGAUCAAUAUAUAUAAGGGUUACAACGUUAUAAACAAAAAAAUGAGGAGGAAUUUAUCGGAGAAUAUGAUGACUAGCCUGUACUCCGGCGACAAACAGAAGAAGGGCAACUGCUUCGAGUGUAGCAAGGGUAGUAUCAAUGACCGCGACAACAAACGUUUGUUGGUGAUUAUCAAUGUGCUAGGAAGUGCAGGGCCUUUGAGAUUUCUAGUAAAUGAAGAGGAUGUUGUUGACGGAGUUAUUGCCACUGCUUUGAAGUUGUAUGCUAAGGAAGGUCGCCUCCCUAUAUUGGGUUCCGAUUCUACUAAAUUUCUCCUCUAUUGUUCCCAUGCUGGUUCUGAUGUUAACGACAAGUGUACAUCAAAUUUACAGCCCUAGGCACAUGGGACGAGAUUGGAUCAUGUGGAGGGAGGAACUUUGUGCUAUGCAAGAAGCCAGAGCAGCCAUCAAAUAUGAGUGAGGCAAGAUCCCAAAUGAUUUCCCAAAAACGAGGUAGGGGUUGGAGAACCUGGCUCAACAAAUCUAUGAGCAUCAAAAUAUAAAUCCAAUUCAAAGGUCAAUAUAAACUUUUUAAUUUACUUAUAUUUAUCACAAGAACUUAUUACAUCAAAAUUUAGCAUUUUUUUUAAUGCAUACAAAAAAUUAUUGUAGAAUCUAAUCGCUUAAUUGUGUUGUUUAAUAAUUAGCGGUUAAAGUAUGUACAAAAAUAAAGCUAUAUAUAUAUACGUACUCUUGUACAUUCCUAUAUUAUUAUAUUAUGUGAUAUUGUCAGUGAUUGGAAGAAUUGAUCUACCAAACUAUUAAAUUUUAUUUGAGAGAUCAGGGUUCACUUCUCAUCCUCUCGGUAAUGAGUCAUGAUUAAUGUAUCAUCGCAUUUGUCAUUGUUGUACAAAGUGUCAAAGUCUAUGAGAUUGUCGCGUUAAUUGUGUAUUAUAUAUA